UUCGAGUACAUCGUUAUCAAUAAUGUUGCUGCUACUGCUGAUGCUCCACUGAGAGCGAGACUCACCACAAACUCGAAGAACAAGCGUACGUAACUCGACGGCAUCUUCGAAUCACGAACGCAGUAAUCGCCAAGGAUUCGAUCGCGAAACAGCUCUUCCAUUCGAACGAUCAAACCAAGCAAUUUAAGGUGCCGUGGUUCGGGUUCGAUGUUGCGAAGUACGCCGUGGCUACAUUGUUCCUGCUUUCACGGUGCAUAAGCUCCGGCCGGGCCCCACAAGAAAGUUGCGCGAGGCGCCAUAAAUUUUGUUCGCGGGGCACAAAUAUUGACCAAGACUCUGAUGGACGUACGGGCGGCAAUAUUUGCACGCUAGCACCGAGUUGAAUUGCUGUUGCACUGGAAUUAUGGCGUUGGAAAGCAUGCCGUACGCUCGAAUUGGGAUUUUGUGGAAGAAUUAUUUGAAUGCCAGCAACGAAGACGAUCGCGGUCCGGACGACGAUGACAACAACGAUGAUAUCGGAUCCUCGACGAUUGUCGGCGGAAGCAAGACUGCAUGGCUGGAGGUGUUCCUGUACGAGUUUGGGAAGCUGAGUGAAGAACGGCGCACAUACUUUCAGCAAUCAAACAGCAUCUCGGAAACCAUAUCGUCGGUCUUAUCGCGCCAGUUGCUUCUAUUUAUCUACGAAAUCUGUGAUUCGUCGAAAGGCAUACCCGAGGAGCAAACACUACGCAAACGUGCCUCAUCUAUCACGUCGUCGCUUUCGUCGGCGUCUACGUACAUGACGGCUCGCAGCGGAACGACUGACUGUACCAAUGGCACUGCUGCAGACGACACCAACCAAGUUCUACUCGACGGUAGCACAGCAGCCCUGCUACUGCCACCAAACACCGAUCACCAACAGUACGAUAACAAGAUCGAUUCCGAUCCGUUAAAUAACGAUCCAGGUGAGGAUCGAUGCACUGUUCUUAGAGAGUUCCUAUUGGAAGGUAUAGGAGGACGUAUUCUAAGAGUGCUGGACCAAAUCGGAGCCAAAGACAUUGUCAAUUCACGAGAGUUUACGGAUGUAUUGAUCCAGAUUCUGCCGACUCGAAAAAAGUGGAUUACUCAACAAACCGAGCUAGAGUAUUCAGUUCAGUACAAUUGGCAGCUGUUGAAGGUGCUCAAAAUGCGCACCGGAAACAGCGAUUGGAGAAAUGGUGUAAAACGUAACUCUAUGAACUUGAGCUCGUCGCAGAUCAUCGAAUGCACCAGUCCAGUACAAGUUUCGUCUCCUCCAGCAAUCUGUAGAAUGCUGUCUUGUCCACCGGUGGCACAGGAACACAAAGUUGCUCAAACGCAUCCUGAUCCUCCACAGCCUACGAACCUGGCCGACUAUCACACAGAGGCUUUCAAGGCCCACAUUCAUAAUCCGUUGAGCCAAGAUCGGCUUACCAUGAUCGUACUUAACCUGCUCGAAAGUCUAGUCAUACACGAGAAUAUUUUCAUGAUAGACGAAAAGUCCGUCACCAUCAGUUGUCUCCGAAUGGCGGUCGAACGGCUCCGUCGGCAGGAAGUCUUGGAGGAAAACUCACGAAACAGAUUGAUCCUCAGACACAAACUACUCGGAAUAUUAAUGUUAAGUUUGAACAACUUGUUCUUCCUCGACUCACUGGAGAGUGAUCGCGUUAGCUUGAAGCAGAUCACUUCCGAAGUCAUGGAACUGCUACGAAAAGAACUAGACGUCGGCAGUAUAAACCCAAUUAGCUGUGAUUUUGUGUACAACCUUACCUAUACGAUCGUGUCAACCGUGAAUCAAAGUUUUCUCCAUUAUUGCGAGCAUUUGGUCAGCGAACAUUUUUUCCAAGCGAUCUUCCGUUUACUCGAGAGCAAUCUCGACAUAGUCAAACACGUCUACAGCUUGCUGCAAGAGACAAACGGCAUCAACGGAACUCACCAGUCCGUGAUACACAUUCUGCUCAAAAUGCUUCAGAAUUUUAUCCUCGUUCUCGCUCCCAAUCGAAGUACAGGGAAAAAGCCUCCACGUGCUCGUCACAGAUUACAUCACGCGCGCCAGGAUCCCAAAACUGCUCACAUUUGCGCAUUGGAAAACAUCCUGCUCAAUAUCUUUCCCGUGGUCAAGUAUUCCGAUCAACGAACACUGUUACACUUCUUCGGUGAGAAUCAAAUUUGCUGCUGUAAUGCGACCAUGGAAACGUUGGAAGCCAUUCUGAUAAUUACCAACGAUGACUUAGUUCCGAGGAUCUGCCUGAACUUUGCCAACCGCAGUGUGAUAGGUGCAAUAUUCAGCCGAUCGAGCUGCACGAGGUGCGAAAGCGAAAGGCGUAGCGAUCAUUUCAACGAACGGUUCGAUCGUGUUCAUCGUCGAGUAUUUGAGGCGUUUGCCCGAGCGGAAAAUCGACCUAGGAUGCCGAUUUUGCUUAAAUAUCUACAAGACGUCGUCAAAGUGGUUCCCCCGUCAUUAGGGAAGUCUGUUUUGUUUGAGUUGGUGUUGCCGCAGCUGAUUAAGGAAAGAACAGAGUUUACAACCAACACGCUAGAUGACACGACGAAGGAUCUCGUCAACGGCUGUCUGUCCAUCGUGGCAAGGUGUUUGAAGAAUACCGACCUUUUAGAGAUUUUUUUCACAGACAAAAACAUAGAACUAUUAAGUGAUCUUUCCAAACGCGCUGAGUUCGUCUACCAUGUUGGGGUGAUAUUUAGAAUAGCUUUCGACGCUUCGGAUUUCCAAAAUAUUAUGCACGAUCAACUGGGGAAUAUAAUUAUGAGCAAUCUAAAAGCGUUAUCCGAUUAUUUGGGAUCACUGUUCGCAAUUUUAAAAACUAGUGAUAUUCAUAUCCGAUUAAAAGGUCCGGCGGAGAAAUUCGAGAAUGAUCUCUCUAGCGAACAAUCUACCAACAACGUUCUGCAGGUGUUCGCUGAGCAUUGGAAAAUUGUUCGAUACUUGAUCCAAGUGAAUGAUCAUUUCUACAAUACUUUUUGCAAAACAUUUGGUGAAUGUGAAGAACUUUUAUGUUUGGUGUGCAACAUGUUCAGUGCAGUAAUAUACCAGUAUAAGCCAAAUCAGAGUGAAACUCCGCCAACAAAACUAUCCGCGGAUGAGUUGUCCGAACAGACAAACCUUGAACGCCGCAGCAUACUGAACAUAUUCCAUUUCAACGAUGAACUGAUCGAUCAUCAGCUUCCGAGUGAUGAGUUCUUCUACUACAGCUGCAGCUCGACCGCUUCCGAUGGGAUAGAAGAUGAAGACUAUUCUCUGCUUCGCGAGUUGACCAAUCAGAAGAUGCUACCAUUUCCGUCGGCAUCUCAGGAACAGUUGAACAAUGGCAAGUUGGAGCGAACCUGGUCUCUAUUUGAAAAACUAAACAUACGGCAACUGUUGACCGAACUGGUGGACGAAUAUUUCCCAAGAAAUGCAAAACAGCGGGCGCCGUUUAGUGAUCUUCCCGAGCAAGCCCGACAAUUGCUGUCCACCGGAGGAUUCAUUCGCAAACGGUUGGCCAUGCUGGUGGAGCUGAUUCUCAGUACGUUCCAAUUGCUGGUGGCCAAGGACAACCGGUUGGAGGACGCCAUGCAGUCGGCGCUGAUCGAACUGAAGAAACUUCUGCUCAGCGGAGCGCUCGAGAACUGGGACUCACCGGAGGUCACGAAAAAUGUAAUGAACGCCCUGCAGUCGUUGCUCAAAAUCGCUGAAGUUCGGGGUGAGGUGGCAGGAUUUGAAAUCAUCGAUGGUGCGCAGACGAACGAGUACUACUUUCCGGUGCAAUCGUUCAGCGGGGUCGGCAGAAAGUCAGUCAGUGCAGAGGACGACAUUAGUUCGACGGAUGAAAGCUACACCACCGCUUUUGACGACGGGUACGAUGGAGAUGUGGAGAACGAUCAAUUGCUUACAGUUGCCUCGCGGAGAAACAGUAGUAUGCGAUCGAGGGAGGUUGGGUCCACCAAAAUUAACCAGAAUAUCUGCAACAUAGUGAUCGACAUAUUGGUUGAAUUGUCGAAAAAGUGUGCCACAGAUCCUCAGAGUUGGUGUCCCACGCUAUCGCAAAUGAUUUUGAAGCUCAACGGAAUCAAAGAUCAUCUUGGAGGAUCACUGUACUUGAUCACUGGAUUCGGACCUGUGCUGGAGCGGAGUGAUGUUCGACUGAAGGAGCUGCAGACAUCCAUAUUGGAAUUGAUCACAGAUCUUGACACACCAGAAGUAUUCUCCAAAUUUCUCCAGUUGUUGACUCUUGAUGAUCCGCCAGUUCAGCUAAUCUUAACCAAAUUGAUGAACAUCGUAGACACUACAUUUAAAUUGGAAUGUUACACCGAAAUAAGCUUUCCAGAUAAGGGUGACGACGGUUCUCGGAUAUCCACGUGCGAUGCGCUUUUAUCUAAGAAGAUUAACUAUCUACGGGAGCAUCAUAAGUUUUACAACAUACGGUCGCCGUUCACGUGUUCGGCUAAAAUGAUUCCGCUAAGCUACGUAAACUUUUCACCGUGGAAUACUGAAGGAUUCACCGCUUCGGUUUGGUUUCGUUUAAGCGCGACUCAACAGGAUAGCAACCGUCUCGCUAUCACACAUUUGAUCUCCGUUGGUAGCGAGAAGCAAAUCAUUUCCGUGUUCAUCAAUCGCCAACGGCAGUUUACGGUGCGGUUUAAUAAACCUGAUAGAAUCAUCACAAGUGCAAAUACAAAGCGGUACCUCGCUAGUGCGAUUGAUGUGAGCUGUUGUGAUAACUGUGCCAAAGAGCUAUCCCAUAUGUGGAGUUAUAAAAAUUUUCUGCGAUCGAUAGAACCAUCCGUACAGGCGUUUCGUAUUGACACACCGGGUGCACAAUGUGUUUAUUGCUACAAACAUCUUCCGGCAACGACUAAGAAAGUGGCGACAAGCAGUCUCUCCAAUGAUUAUUUUUACGACCUUCAUUCGGAACAGUACAGUAUCAAAGAAUUGCAACUCGUAGAAGAUCAAUGGACAUCACUGGCCCUAUCCGUGCAGCAAGUGGAUAACUCUAUAUCCAUUGUCCUAACGCUAGAUGGAGUUCAACAACAACAUUUAACCAUAGUAGAACCAUGCCAAAUUCACAUCGACACGGCGCUUCCAGUACUCGCCAUUGGUCAUCGAAUUGGUAUUGAAGAUGAUUGCCCUCUAAGCUACUCACUCUCCAACGUUCAAUUGUUUAGGAAGUGCUUCACAGAUGUGUCCACCCUGGCAAAUCUGUACUCCCUUGGUCCCAAUUGGAUCCAUCUAUCCGGUUUUCUAAAGGGAGAGAUUGUCCCAAACUAUGGCAAUCUCAACCUGUCUAAGUUAUCGCUGGAAGAUCUCCAUCCCCGGAAUCACUUUCAACUGUUGCACCGAUCACACAUCGGUAACUUCGCUGCCCACAAACCGGACGUUUUUGUCACGGGUAAACCUGGGUACGGAAGGGUCGCAUUGGGAAUGCUAAGCUUUUCGCCACGAAUUGCUCCAGUGGAAAACCUCUCCUUGCAACGAUCAAUACAGCUAUCGGGAGGCAUAACAGCUAUGCUUUUCGCUUUUGCACGAAUCGUCGAGCUUUCCGAUUCGGCAAGAAUCCACGCAAAUGCUUUAAACUUGCUGUUGCGAAUAGCUCAUGACAACAACGACUUUUACAACGAGUUUGUCCAACGGGAUCUGCUGGAACUGGUAGGGAUUGUCCUCAAGAAUAAGAAAUGCCACAAAGAAGUCUGCGUCCUUGCGGCCAUAUUGCAAGUAACGUUCGAUCAGCCGGUUUUGGUUUACCGGGGCGACACUUACAGUGUUCUGACUAAUUCGGUAGCCAGGAUUCGCUACCCGGAAAUUAUUGUGUUCUUUUUUGAAAACUUCCAAAUCUGGAUCGAUCAUUCUGAGGAGGUUUUGAAUUUGGUGUUCAAAAUCAUGAUCACGAUCACCCGUGAUAAACACCCUGGUAUGGAGUACAAUUGCAAACGGCUGGCUGAUGCUGGUCUCGUUCCAACGCUGAUCGACUUCUGUCGGAUGAAUUUUGUCAUCCCACCAAAGACCGUCAAAAUAUCCGAGACGGCAGCUGAUUGGUUGGUGACGCUGAUCAAGAACCUCUCCAGCACUCCUCCCAAAGUGAGUUUACUCAAGGAAAUCAUUGAUCUGCUGUUGCUCAUGCACAAACCUACCGACAGUUACGUCACCCACGAUCGGCAAAAGUUUUACUUCAACAUCAAUCCUCAAUUGCCAAUCAGAGCUACCAAGCCUAAUGAGAAUAAGCUGUCCCAACGUCUGAACCUUCGUGAAAGACGUCUCAAGUAUUCUCAGCUGCGAAAGGUCAUUCCUCUGGCCAUCGCCAACACCAACAACGCUUCCUUCGAAUCGACGACCAGCUUCAUCGAAAUGGGCAAACUUGAAAGCAAGAGAGCCGACUCAUUAGAGACUUCACCGCAAGCAACGCCGAAGUCUUCGCAAGGUAGCCCAACUGCCGAGAACUACCAGGCCAACUAUGAAAAGCUGAAUCAUGCUCUUGCUGAUGUCAACAUUCGCCGGAGAAGCUUGAAGAGCGAAAAGCGUAAAGUUCGACGAUUGCAAAGUCCGACCGCCAGAGUUUGCUCGACACCUAAAGAACGGACAUCCCCUUCAAAGGCUGCUGCUAGGAAGGAACUCAAUAUGUCCACGCAAUCGCUACCAACUAAAUUCAAGUUCUUCGAGCAAAACUAUUUCGGAACAGGCAACGACUUCAUCCAGGAGAGUUUUCUGCGCGCGAUGUGCGAUUUACUGCUGAUCUUGCCGGAUCAGGAAGCGCGGCAGUUCUUCUCUGCGGAGAAUAAAAUAAUCGAAACUCUGUUGAUACUGGCGAACAACUCAAACAUUCGAAUUAGGACGAGGAUCAUCAGUCUGAUUGCGGUCAUCAGCGAUCGAGUGCUGUCCAGCUACACCGAGGAGCAAUUCAAGAUCUUUUGGCACCACUUGGGUAACCAGAUAGGAUCGCACAGUGUUAACAUCGAUCUGCUCAAUAGCUGCUUCCGAUGGAUCACAAAAACUGGUUCGGUACUGUCGUUAGAGUCAUUGAUUUUCGAGUACCAUGUGAAUAUCGUUCAAGAGUGCGGAUUGAAUGUAUUGAUGGCCACCCUGCCACAAUCGCAUACCGAUCCAAGGUUGUUCCAACUGAUACUGCAUCUAAUAUUGUACAUCGAACUUAAAAACCAGAAAGCGACACAGUAUAUGGUGGACAACGGACUCGUGGGGACGUUGGUAAAAACGGCGGUCAAAAUGCACGAAAAGGAUGAGGCCGGUGAAGUGAUCUCCAAUCGUGAUUGCUUUCUGAGCUUUAUCACAACCUUUGCACAACGAUCGCUAGCCUCUGUGAACUUUGUUAUUCCUUUUUGGGACUUGAUCAACGGACUUAUCCUGGCAGAGAGGCACAAAAAUCCAAAAGUGACACUAGGAGUUAGGGACAUCCAAGCCCUGUUCUAUCGCAAUCUGUUGCAGCUCUUCAUUUAUAGACCGACAGACUCGAUCAUUGGGCAUAAGAACAAUUCUUUCACUGUGGACCUUCCCGGCUGUACGAUCGCGAAGGCGGAAAUCAAGGCUCGCUACAAUCAGAUCCACGACAAGGCAGUGCAGUUCAUCACGAACUGCGACGCCGAUCAUCAGGUCUCCGAAUCGGAAAUUCUUCUGAUCAAGAGCUUGAUGAAUCGUACCUUGAACGGGAACCCGCGCGGUGGCAACAUCAUCCUUUGGUGUCUUAUGCCGAAACGACCAAUCAGCCUGAAGCUCUACACGAUCCGACAGCUAGGGCAAUAUAUUGACGGUGGGAAUUAUCUCUCGCUGAUCUGCGACGUUCGUAUGUUGAAAGUAUUCAGUCACAGUAUUUUGCUGCUGAACCAAAAGGAUUUGAGCGUUGAAGAUUGGGCGGUUGUGAAUAGCUUCUAUAAGUCAAUCGAAGGCCCAAACAAUAUUACCUGGUCAUUGACGCAAACUCUGGAAGAGUUUGAUUAUCUACGGACGAUUAACAUCAACGAUCAAGAACAGACGAUUCUGAAGUCGAUCAACAAGCAGGAAAAGUUAAUUCACACUUGCACGAUCGCUGCUAUGGAGAUCACGAGAAAUAUCGUAGAGAAGCAAAACAAGUUGCGCAAAGAGCUCAUCAUUCAGCUUAAGAAGGACAACGACUUUAAAUUCUUCAACCAGUGGAGACAAAUCAUCGAGCAGAUGACCCACGAAGAUGCCCCGUGGUAUAAUGAAAAAUUGUACCCUGCUUCAUGGGAGCUAGACGACACGUACGGUCCCAGUCUGACACUGACUCGUAUGAAGCGAUGUCGGCAGACCGUUGCGGAACGGUUUUUGCAGAAGGACUUCAGAACAGCUGAAGAUCAACCCUCGAAGCCGUUAUUAGAAUACCUAAUACCGCAUAACCGGAGUCAGGAGUUUUCGAUGGAGAACCAAGUGCUGUACACAUGGACUGUACGUCAAAUUUCCCCCAAAGACGAACGCGAUAGCGAAUGCAUACUGACGAGUACGGAGCUGGUGUUGAGUCUGAGUACGGGCGACAUCUCGAUCUACGAUCUGUAUGACAUCACAAAAAUAUGGAAAAAGCGCUACCAACAUCAGGAAACGGCUGUGGAGAUUUUCCUCAGGAGUGACAGAUCGCUUUUCCUGGUGUUCGAUAGGUCGCUGGAACGGGAACAAUUUGUAGGAUUCUUCCAUGACCUUGUUCAACGUGAAGGUCGACAAGAGCUGGACGCCCAUACGCAAGCUUGGAGGGAAGGUUCCCUGAGCAAUUGGGAAUAUUUGAUGCAUUUGAAUCAAAUAUCGGGCAGAAGCUAUCAUGACUUGAUGCAGUAUCCGGUACUACCCUGGAUAUUGGCUGACUACGAAAGUCAAACUCUUGAUCUUCAGUUAGAGAAAGUAUUCCGAAACUUGGAGAAACCGAUCGCCGUGCAGUAUAAGGACUUGGAGAAGCAUUACAUCAACAACUACAAUUAUUUGAAGCAAUCCGAAAACGACUCUCUCAGUAGACAGCGGAUCCAACCUUACCACUACAGCUCCCAUUACUCCAACUCUGGAACGGUGCUGCAUUUCUUGGUUCGAAUGCUCCCGUUCACGUCACUGUUUCUGCAAUACCAAGACAACAGCUUUGACAUCCCGGAUCGAACGUUCCACUCACUGGCCACCACCUGGAAGCUGGCGAGUAGAGACUCUCCCACCGACGUGAAAGAACUGAUACCGGAGUUCUAUUGCUGUCCGGAGUUCAUGGAAAACUGCGAAGGCUUCGACUUUGGGCUUCGCCAAUCCGGAGAACCAGUCAAUCAUGUGGAACUACCGCCUUGGUGUCACCAAUCGACACGUCUUUUCAUUCUGAUCCAUCGUCAGGCCCUGGAGAGCGAUCACGUGCGGAAGCGGAUUUCCAGCUGGAUUGAUCUGAUAUUCGGCUACAAGCAAACCGGUUCCGCUGCCGUUGAAGCAAUCAACGUGUUCCAUCCAGCGACUUAUGCGAAUUUCAACGCUACGGAUAUCGACGACCCGGUGGAAAAACUCGCAUUGGAAACAAUGGUCAAGACUUACGGUCAAAUGCCACGGCAGCUGUUCGAUAGUCCUCAUCCACAGUCGAAUCACGCUCCCCUGUGGGCUAAUCCUCCCGAGGUAGUUGACACUGUUAGUGGCUUAAAGUGGGGACUGUACUGCGGUUCACCUGUUCUUCCCAGUCCCAAGAUCGUGGACAUCCGAGGAACAGUCAAUAGCCCAAGUUCCUUGACGCAGAUCGAGGGAAACAAGGUGGUUGCGCUACCGUUGCGAAUGAACAUUUUCCGAGGGCAACACACCAAAGCUCAAUAUCUAAUGGAUUGGGGUCACCUGGACGACGUGGUACGCUUCAGGUCGGUGCAGGAUAGCGAUACUCGUUCGAGUGAGCUGGUCUACAAUACCAAUAUGGAUCCCAUAACAGCGUGUGGAAGUGACCCGAAUUGUCCAGACAUCUGGUUUGGACAUCAAUCGGGAAGGAUCGCUGUGUUUCAACAGCGACAGGCCAAGAAAAUGUCUUUCUUCAAUUCCAACAUACAGCCGUCGGUGACGCGAAAACGAUCUAGUUCGUUCCGGAAAUGGAUCGAUCGGAAAAGUGCUACCCUUCGGAGAAGAUUGGAAGGAGAUGACGAUGGAGAGGAGGGCACCGGAAGUGUACCAAUCAAGUGGAAUUUCCCAAUUAUUCUGAUUAAACAUCGAGCGGAGAUUACGGCGAUUUCGAUUAGUAUUGAAUUUAAGAUUGUUGUCAGCGUCAGCAUGGAUGGGACGGCAGCGAUAUGGGACUACAACACGUUGAGCUAUGUUCGAGAAAUUCCGAAACCGGUUAACGGAAUUAAUUCAAAGAUCAGCUUGGUGGCGAUCAGUCCGACCAUGGGAGACAUCGUGACGAUAUACUCGAGCACACGUGCGUCGUCGGUGUCGGGUCGUUCGAACGAUACCUCCACACUGGUGGACGAUGAAAGCUUCGAAGUAACGGAGAACUACAACAUGGACUACGUGAACGUGGCGAUGGCGUCCAGUCGCGAUCAGCUGAGGCUGCACACGAUCAAUGCCAAGUACGUGGAGCAUGUUUUUAUGGAGAGUCCAGUUAUGGCCGUUUGCUACUCUUCGGUGAAGGAGGGUUGCGGGGUUAAUUGUAUAGCCGUCGGUAUGGAAAACGGUGUGAUAAGACUGUAUAGCAGCUGGAAUUUGGCGAUGGUUCGUGAAAUUGCUUCAAAUAUGGGAGACCUUUUUGGAAUCACGAGCCUAAUCUACUCGAAAAACCAGCACCUGAUCGUUCUACUAUCAAGCAAUAUGAUUCAAACGUGGAAAUCCGAAGGUCUUCCCGGGAUAUCACCUCAAAUCACGGAAUUACCGAUUCGACGAUCAAUUGGUUAAGAUUCGAGCUGCUAGAAAAAAAAAACAAAUGUACUUCAUAGGAAAGAAACAUAAUCAAGAGCUUUAUCAAAUCUGUUAUCAUAUAUUUGUUAGUUUGAAAGAAAAGAGUGAUAAUAUAUAUUUUGUAUUCUAAGACUAG